CUGGAGAAUUAAAAUGAAAUAUUUGUAAAUUUUUAAUGCAUCCUCCAAGCUCAUCUACUCUCAUUAUGGUUUGUGAAUUAAAUAGCAGUUGGAACGAAUGAGAAUUAUCCAUUCCCCAUUUCCCUAUACAAAAACAAGGCGGGAACAUUUGGCGCCAUUUCAUUUCCCCUACAUAAACCUCCCACUCACUGUUCAGACCCUAGCAUUCUCAAAAACAUGGCAGAAAAUCAAAUCGACUCUCCUGAAAUCAAAGAGCCUUCCCCCAAAAUUCAAAAAUUAGACCACCCCGAAAACGGCGCCUUCCCUGAAACCCCGUUUUGCCGAGUGAAGAAGCUCUCUGAAAACGCUGUUUUGCCCUCCAGAGCUUCUCCUCUUUCUGCUGGUUACGAUCUAUCCAGUGCUGUAGAGACUAAAGUGCCUGCGAAAGGCAAGGCUCUAGUACCCACAGAUCUCACCAUUGCUGUUCCACAAGGAACCUACGCUCGUAUUGCACCUCGAUCUGGUUUGGCAUGGAAGCAUUCUAUAGAUGUUGGAGCUGGAGUCAUAGAUGCUGAUUACAGAGGACCAGUUGGGGUAGUAUUGUUCAACCACUCUGAAGUUGAUUUUGAAGUCAAGGCUGGUGACAGGAUAGCUCAGCUCAUUGUUCAGAAAAUUGUGACACCAGAUGUUGAGAAGGUUGAUGAUCUUGACUCUACUGUAAGAGGCUCUGGUGGCUUUGGAUCCACGGGAGUGUAGACAAUUUGGCCUUAUCUUGGAACAUGGUGGUAUUAUUAAUAUCAUCUAGUUUCGAUUCAGUAGGUUUUGAUUGUUAUUUUGAUUUUGCAUAGUUCUAAAACAUAGUAGUUGGGUUAGUGAUUGGAAUUGUAUUUUGGAUCUAAUGUAUAUCUCACUGAUCUUAUAUUGCCUUGAUGCGUUAUAGAAGCUGCCACUUUCAACUUGA